AUGUCAGAACUCUUCCAGUUAACGGGGAAGAAUGUCGUAAUCACCGGAGCUGCAGGGAGUAUUGGCACACAGACAGCGAUCGUGUUUGCGAAAGCUGGUGCAAAUCUGCUUCUUUCUGAUGUAUCAAACAAAGCGCUUGAAGACCUCCAGCAGAACUUGGAGCUACAUGGGCCAUACCCAGGGCGCGUUGAAUACAAGACGUGUGAUGUAUCCGAUGAAAAUGAUGUUGCGUCACUAGUGCAGCAUCUGGAUCAACACGGCGGUGUCGAUGUUAUGCUGAACAAUGCCGGUGUAUUCCCUAAUGAAGACGGCGAUGCAGUCGAAGUCACCCAGAGGGCAUGGGAUCUUACUUACCAAGUAAACGUGAAGGGAACUUGGCACGGUUGCAAGUAUGCGGUUUUGAGCAUGAGGAAACAUGGCAAGACAAAUGGAAGCGUGAUAAACACUUCAUCAGUAGUCGGCCUUAUGGGGUCAGCAACAGCGCAGUUGGCAUACACCACCAGUAAGGGUGCAAUCAUUGCCAUGACGCGAGAGCUUGCCAUCGUUCACGCCAGAGAAGGUAUAAGAUUCAAUACGUUAUGUCCAGGGCCCUUGAACACUCCCCUAAUGCAGGACUACUUGGGUACGGACCUUGAACGGAGAGCGAGAAGAGAAAUUCAUCUACCUCAAGGGAGAUUCGGCGAACCGAUUGAACAGGCCUCAGCAGCUUUAUUUCUUGCUAGUGACGCUAGCUCGUUUGUUAAUGCACAAGAACUAGUUGUGGAUGGAGGUUUGACUAAGGCAUAUGUUACUCCUGAGGGUCCAGCACACAAUGGUAUUCAAAAUUUCAACGUCAAAUAA